AGUAUAAAAGAAUUCGAUUUUUACAGAUCUGGCAUCUGGAUUUCAUCUAUUUUGCUGGUGUCCUCGUUUUUUUUUUUUUUGAAGUGUUGAAGUUGAAUCUCUUGUGGGUUUUGUUUCGAUUUCAAGAAAUUUGCAUUUAAAUAUCAAUUUUGAGGAGUGUUUUUUCUUCACCAAAUUGAACAUGUUUUGAGCUAAAAAUCAUGAUUUGUGUUUCGGAUCUUACCAUUUAAAUCAAUAAUCAAAAACCCAAUUAAGUAGUCAGGUCAAUCUUUCUUCCCCUCUUUGGUGUUCAACAUUUUUCUUGAAUUGAUGCAAUUAUCGAAAUCAACAGAUUGUGUUCAACUCUUCAACAAGUUUAAAACCGACAAAAUGGGUCUGUCGCCGUACCCAACCCCAUCCGACGCCGGUGUCCUCUGCGUGAUUCUGGUGAACACCGCCAUGUCAAUAUCAAUCAUGAAGGAAUUAGUCCGAUCAAUCCUUCACGUCAUCGGAAUCCAUGUCACCUCAUGGGAAGACUACUCCAAUCAAUCGAUAACAGAAUCAGUCGAACGUAGUAGAGGAACCCCAUCGGAAACUUACAUGGAGGAGUUCAGAAGCCGGACGCCGUCGCUCCUUUACGACUCUCUCACCAUAAAUUGCCGGAGUAAAGAAGAAUGCUCCGUUUGCUUGGUGGAGUUCGACCCAGAUUCAGAAAUCAAUCGCCUUUCAUGUGGCCAUGUUUUCCAUAAAUCUUGUGUUGAAAAAUGGUUAAAAUACUGGAACAUCACUUGCCCACUUUGCCGAAACCACAUGAUGAUUCCAAAAGAAGAAGAAAACACUUGCCCGAUGUAAGUUGUCUUUUUUUUUUUUUUUUUUUUUUUGGGUGAUUUUUAGUGCAAAAGUACAGUUGUUGAUGAUGACUUCGGAAUUUGCCUGUUUUUGUAUAUAUACAUGAUAGAUAUAUAUAAACUGUGUAAGGUUUCCGGUGUUGUGUGCACCUGAGAAACUCUUUAGUUUU